CUCCUGAAGAUGCCCAGGAGAGGAGCCCUUCCUGUGGGGACACUCCUGGUGCUGCUGCAGCUGGCAUUUGUCCCAUCCCCACUGGCAGGCUGCCUCCUGGAUCCCUGUCUGGAGAUCACCCCUAACACAACUUUCAGAUGCACUGGACUGAACAUCUCCGGAGUUCCUGAUGGAGUCCCAAACACCACCCUGAACCUGGACCUCAGUUUCAGCAAUCUGAAAUCACUGGGGUCAAAUUAUUUUGCAUCAGUCCCUGAGCUGCAGUUUCUGGACCUUUCAAGGUGCCACAUCCAUACAAUAGAAGAUAACUCCUUUAUGGAUCUCCAUACACUUUCCACCUUGGUUUUAACUGCCAAUUCCCUCCAGCACCUGGGCAAAGCAGCUUUCUAUGGCUUAAUAUCUCUGAAAAAACUGGUUCUGGUGGAAACCAACAGGACCUCUCUGUCUGAGCUGCCUAUUGGCCACUUGCAUACUCUGCAGGAGCUGAAUUUAGGCCACAACAGCAUUACUUCAUUGAAGCUUCCCAAGUAUUUCACCAACAUGACCUCCCUCAGGCACCUAAGCUUCUUCUCUAACAGGAUCACAUCUAUCUCCAGAGGAGACCUCGAUGCCCUGAGGGAAAGAAACAGGCUGAACCUCACUCUGGUGCUCUCCUUAAACAAUAUAAAAUCCAUAGAGCCGGGGGCCUUCGCAGGGAUCCACCUCGCUGAGCUGGCUCUUAGGUCUGCCUUUGAGAGCUCCAUGAUGCAAACUUCCCUGCAAGGCCUGGCUGGUUUGCAGGUCAGCAGACUCACAGUUGGGGUGUUCAGUGACCAUGGCAGACAGCAGGACUUUGAGAGGGGGCUCUUGGAUGGACUGUGCCAGGUGCAGAUGGAAGAGUUUGUCCUGAUCUGCCUCAGGGACUUUGAGCAUGACACAGACACUCUCUUUGACUGCUUAGGCAACGUCUCCACUGUUCGCUUGGUGGACCUGGGACUUGAGCAGAUAUCACAGGUUCCUGCGGGGUCUAAAGUGAAGCAGCUGGAAUGCAAGAAAUGUGAUUUUGAUGAUGUGCCUGCCCUGAAGCUGUCACUUUUCAAGGAGCUGAGAGUGCUUCGUAUUACCAAGAACAGAAGUCUCAAAAACUUCAAGCAGAAGUUUGAGGGUCUCAGUAACCUGGAGGUCAUAGAUUUGAGUGAGAAUAGACUCACCUUCAGCAGCUGCUGUUCCCCUCAGUUUCGAAAUUGCCCAAAUUUGAAACACUUGAACUUAAGCUUCAAUUCUUACAUCAGAUUGACUGCACAAUUCACUAAUGUGGAGAAUUUGUUAUAUUUGGACCUUCAGCACACAACUUUAUUUGGUCCUGGCUCCUAUCCUGUCUUUCUGUCCCUUCAGAGAUUGAUUUACCUUGAUAUCUCCCACACCAAAACCGAAGUUACAUCCCAGUGUACAUUUUGUGGCUUGAACUCUUUGCAAGUGCUCAAGAUGGCAGGAAACUCCUUUGCAGACAAUAAGCUGGCAAACAACUUCAAAAACCUAAGUCACCUGCACACCUUGGACAUUUCAAGCUGCAAAUUGGAAUACGUGGAUCAAAGUACUUUUGAUGCCCUCUCUGAGCUAAAAGAGCUAAACAUCAGCAACAAUAAGCUCCUGACUUUUGAUCCUGGAGUCUACCAGCCACUCCAAGCCCUCAGAGUCCUGGAUUUCAGCAGAAACCAGCUGACUGUUCUGUUGGACUCAGCCAGGGAAAUCCUGCCUGACAGCCUGCUCCAGUUGGAUAUCUCUCAGAACCUGUUUGAUUGCUCCUGUGUGUACCUGGACUUCCUGAUAUGGAUCAAGGAGAAGCAGGAGCUGCUGCAGAACGAGGAGCUGAUGCUGUGCCACACUCCCUCGUACGUGGCCAACGUGAGCCUGCCAAGCUUUGAUCUGUCCUCCUGCCACGUCAAUGCAGGCAAAGUUGCCUCCUCAGUGGUUGUGUUGCUCUGUGUAGUGGUGCUCCUCUUACUGGUUUACAGGUACUACUUCCAGCUCUACUACUCCGUGGUGCUGCUCAGUGGCUGCAAACACUACGCAGAAAGAGGCGACACCUACGACGCCUUUGUCAUCCACUCCAGCAAAGACCAGGAAUGGGUGACAAAGGAGCUGGUGGAACCCUUGGAAGGUGGAAGACCUCCCUUCCACCUGUGUCUGUACUACAGGGACUUCCUGCCAGGGGUGCCCAUUGUCACCAAUAUCAUCCAGGAGGGGUUUCUCAGCAGCAGGAAUGUCAUCGCAGUCAUCUCCGCUGACUUCCUGGAGAGCAAGUGGUGCAGCUUUGAGUUUGACAUUGCCCAGUCCUGGCAGCUGGUGGAGGGCAAGGCUGGGAUCAUCAUGAUCGUGCUGGAAGAUGUGAACAAGGACCUGCUGAGGCAGAGGCUGGGGCUGUCUCGGUACCUGAGGAGGAACACCUACCUGGAGUGGAAAGACAAUGAAAUAAGCAAGCACAUCUUCUGGAGGCAGCUGACAGGAGUGCUGAUGGAAGGCAAAAAUUGGAAUCAUGAGGAGGCAAAGCUCAUGUGA